AUGGCAAACGAGUCAAACAAGCUCUCAACGACCUUUGCCGACGCACCACUCUCGGACCAUGGCCCGAAAUGGUCUGCCUUCUGGGAGGAAAAGUACACGCCCUGGGACCGCGGCGGCCCCUCUCUCGCCCUCCUUGACAUCCUGACGACACGUCCUGAUCUGGUUCCGCCCACCCCCUCUCCGGCAGAGCAGAAACAAUCCAGCCGGGAAAAGCCAACGGCACUCGUGCCGGGUUGUGGAAAGGGACACGACGCCCUCCUCCUGGCUAAUCUAGGCUACGACGUCCUCGCCCUCGACUUCUCCCCCGCCGCAAUCGCUGAAGCGAAGGAAAACGAGAAGGCCAUUGCAGCUAAGCUCGAAGCUGAGACGGAAGCGCCGGAUGAAGACCUUGAGGUCUACGCCAUCCGUCACCCCAGCGGGGCAGAGCCCGGCUGCGUGACGUGGCUAUCGGGAGACUUCUUCUCCGACUCUUGGCUCGAAGAAUGGAAUCGCGGGAAGGCAUUCGACCUCAUCUUUGACUACACCUUCCUCUGCGCCCUCCCACCAACCGCACGCUCCUCCUGGGCCACUCGCAUGGCCACCCUCCUCAGCCCCCGCGGCCGCCUCGUCUGCCUCGAGUUCCCCUCCGGCAAGCCCCUCUCCCAGCCCGGACCGCCGUGGGGGCUGACCCCCGAGAUCUACCUCGCGCUGCUCUCCCGCCCCGGCGAGCCCCUCGAGUUCUCCUCCUCGACGCAGGCCGGCGACGCCGCCGACGUCGUCGUCGUCCCGCCCUUCCGCGAGGACGGCCUCAGGCGUCUGGAGCUUGUUAAGCCCACCAGGACGCACCGGGCGGGCAUGAACGAGGACGGCACGGUGCGCGAUUGGAUCCACGUCUGGAGUCACUGA